AUGGCAUCAUUUUUUAAAUUUAGUUCUGAGAAAUCAGCUGACGUUGAAAGUUAAAAGCCUUCUAGCACUUCAAUUAGCUAAAAUGAUUCUUGCUUUCCAUAAUUGAGUUUGAAAGAAAGAUUGUUAGGUUUUGGAAUGUGCUUUAUUUUGGGCACUAUGAUUUCUUUCCUUUCCUUUUUACCAGGGAAAUCAAUUUAUGCAACAGCUACUCUUUAUAGUAUUGGAAAUGUCAUAAGUAUUACAGGAACUGCAUUCUUGGUUGGAUUUUAGAAACAAUUCAAAAACAUGAAAGAUAAAACAAGAUUAUUAACCACUCUUGUAUUUUUGUCUUCUCUUAUAAUGACUUUUGUUAGCGUUUUUGUUUUCAAAAUGAAAAUUUUGGUACUCAUUUUCGUAGUCAUAUAAUUCCUUUCAUAUUUUUGGUACACUUUAAGCUAUAUUCCUUAUGGACGUACAAUCUUAACUAAAUGUUUUGAGUCUUGCAUUAAAUCAUGA